AUGGUUGCGCCAAGGUUAGUGGUUAUGCAGGGGUCGGUGGCUGCGCUCGGGUCGGUGGUUGCGCCGGGGUUGGUGGGUGUGCUGAGGUCGGUGGCUGCGCUCGGGUCGGGGGUUGCGUGGGGGUCGGCGGCUGCUCUCUGGUCAGUGGUUGCGUUGGGGUCGGUGGUUGCACUCGGGUCGUUGGCUGUACAGCGGUCGGUGCUUGCGUUGGGGGCGGUGGUCGUAUCGGGGUCAGUGGUUGCACCGGGCUCAGUGGUUGCAAUAGGUUUGGUGGUCGCGCCGGGGUCGGUGGGUGCACCGGGGUUGGAGGGUGCGCUGAGGCCGGUGGUUGCGCUGGGGUCGUCGGUCGCGCCGGGGUUGGUGGGUGCGCUGGGGUCGGCGGUUGCAACCAGGAAGAUUCCAUGCCGUUGCCUCUCUCCAUCAGAGGUGCUUCCAUGUGUCAUCCCGUCUGCCCCCGUAACCUUGUCGCCGCCCUCCCCAUGCACACGCAAGCAACUACAGCAGCUGCAGCAGCAGCAGCAGCAGAGGCAGCAGAAAAAGUAG